AUGCGGCAAGCUCGGCUCCAUUCAACCAACCAAAAGAUCCAUCAAUCGAUCCACGGGGAAGGUUUAGUCUUGGCACGAGAAGAUAUCCAAACCCACAAAACAACCAGUCUUGUUGGCUGUUAUCAAACUUUCAGCUUCAUCACGAGCAGGAUCAUGGCGCCACCAAGAAGGAGGCUGCUGGCUACAGCUGAAGAGACUCUCAUACCACCAGCUGCUCUGCCAGAAGGCCAUCGAAUCGCCAGAGUUAUCCGCGCGACCGGAAAUAACCUUUAUUCCGUGGAACUGCCGUCCAGGGAGUCGAUGUUGGUGGAGUUGCCCGCUCGGUUUCGCUCAACUAUUUGGAUGAAACGGGGAUCCUUUGUCGUCGUUGAUACGAAUGCACUUGAAGAGAGGGAUAACAAACUCUCCGGGCAAAUAGUAAACAUUGUGAGAGACGAAAAGGCAUGGCGCAAAGCGGAUUUUUGGCCGAAAGAGUUUGUGAGACAACCCAUACCGGAUAGCGAUGACGAAGACUCCAAUGUGGGCAAAAUGCCGCCAUCGGACGCCUCGGAUGAAGAGUGACAGGCGGAUAGUGCAAGAUGAAAACUUAUCGAAUUCCCUGAGGAUAAGCAAGCUUCUAUGUAGGAUUGAUCGAUCUCGAGUACGAUCCGUCCGCCCGCCCUCCCUUCUGCCCCCCUUGCGAACAAGAAAGCUUCUCAUUUGGCAUUUUUGUCUUAGUUUAAAGCGGGAGCCAAGACUUGAGAUGCAAGGGCCAUCACAACCGCCAUUGAACUCAAGGAUGUGCUUGGAUAUACGUUCCAAGCAUAUUCCUGUAUUAGACAUAACGCGAAAAUAUAAAGUGGUCGAAGGCCUGAUUCCCAGAGCAACAAUGGCGAAGCCCAUGCCAGGUACGAAAAGAACUGGUAGUGCAGGCUUCUUGCGCACAGGAAACCUAUAACCAGCGAAGUCAACAUAGUUUUGGUAAUGAAGUUGGUUGUGAGGGUGUAUCGUGUAUUUUUCCCUUGCAGUAUAUCUCUGGCAAUCUGUGUCAAAGACUUCCGUGAUGGGUGUAACCAGGAGAAUCCAAG